UUGGACUAUGCACACAAAGAGUCCACUUUCGAGUUCAGAUACAAUGCGAAUGCAACAAGAACUUGGUUCUUUUUUUUACUCAGUUCAAUUUUGUGUCAACUGAAGGAGUAAUGAUGCAGGAGUCUCGACUGAUGGACUUUCAUCAGAGACAGAUAAAAAAUCAGCUGAAAAAAGGGGGCGCUCUUCCACUAAACUUUAAUCUCACCCCAAUGGAGCCCUGUGUGCAGUCAGAGCCCAGAGUCACUAGAAUGACUGCACUGAUGGGUCAUCCACAGAGGCGCAACUCACAAGGAUGCCGUGCUGGAGACAAUUACAAACGAGAACAGUUUCGGCCUAGUGCAACUCGGGAUCUAGAGAAAGAGAAGAGAAAGCUACAGAAUCUUCUUGCUACUGGCCAAGAGGAAGAUGGGCCAACUCACUCCCAGAGAGACUCCACAGAGAAAAAAGAGCAGCAGACAGACAGGUUCCAAGAGGUUUUGGAUGAGAUUGAGGACAGAAGGCAGUUUUUAGAGGAGAUGAUGGCCACUGGAAAAGGUCACCAAUACCAGCACAUCAUAAACACAGAAAUUUCUCAGAAAAUCUGUGAACUUGAAAAGAUUGAUAGGAACCGUGGUGAAGAACUGAGGACCCUUAUGAUGAAUGGAAAAGAAGGAAGACAAAGCAGACAGAGAUAUUGAGAAAGAGAUGAUGGUAGGGUGAAAAAGAAAAUAUAAAAACAAUUACUGUGAUGUAAAAACCAGUGUGUCAGAUAAUGUGUACACUGAUAUGAACAGUGUGAACAUUAAAACACAAAAUAAUGUGUUAACUGUGUUUUUUUUUUUUUUCAUAUUGUUUUAUCACAUCCUCUGUCCUGAAACUAAUACCUUGUCAAUAUGUACCAUUAAAAUGUCUUG